AUGUGGUCUGUUGUGGUGCCAGAGCCCGAGCUCUGGGCUCAAGUCACACAGGGCCAACACCGAGCGAACGGGAAGCGCCCUGGGGUUGUGCUGCAAGCACUGGACGAAGCCGCAGCAGCGCCCAGCCUGGGCAGUACGCAACAGCUGAAUGACGAUGACUCCAGCACCAGCUUUCGUGGCUGCGCGUGGUGCCCUGUGCAUGAUGUGCAGGUGCCCGGGGAACCUGGUGUUAAGUGGUGCCCUGCAUGUGCAGUGCCUGGUGCAGACGUCGCCUACCUGCGCUCCGUCCUGCCCAGCACCACGGAGGACGCCUUCUUCGAUUACCUGGCCACCCUGGACGCCUCGGAGGUGACCGUCUCCGCCGUGCCGGAGGGCUCUGUCGUCUUCGCCAGGGUGCCGUUCCUGCAGGUGAAGGGGCCGCUGCUGGUGGUGCAGCUGCUGGAGACCAUGUUGCUGUGCCUGGUCAACUACGCCAGCCUGGUGGCCACAAACGCCGCUCGCUUCCGAUUCCUUGCCGGUCCGGAUAUGAAGCUGAUGGAGAUCGGGCUCCGUCGCGCUCAGGGGCCGGACGGUGCUCUUUCGGCCUCCAAGUACUCCUACAUUGGGGGCUUCGACUGCACCAGCAAUGUCUUGGCGGGGAAGCUCUAUGGCAUCCCAGUACGCGGCACUAUCGCCCACUCCUUCGUUAUGUCCUUCACCUCGCUGGAGGAGGUGCAGCCCCGGGAGCUGCUGCCGCUGGCAGGAGGAGAGCCGGUGGAUCUCCCGGCCCUGGCCAAGUCGUUGCUGCAGCAGGUAUGUGAGCUGCUGCAGAUCCCCCCCGAGAAAACGAACCGGGGCGAGCUGGCCGCCUUCGUGUCCUACGCCAUCUCCUUCCCGCAUGACUUCCAGGGGCUGCUGGACACGUACUGCGUCAGGAGGAGCGGCUUGCCGAACUUCUGCGCCGUGGCGCUGGCCCUGCACCAACUGGGGUACCGGGCCGUCGGGGUACGCCUGGACAGCGGGGACCUGGCCCAGCAGUCCAAGGAGAUCCGCCAAGUGUUCCGAGCCUGCGGUGCUCACUUCCAGGUGCCCUGGUUUGAGACCAUCCCCAUCGCCGUCAGCAACGACAUCAGCGAGCAGAGCCUGGAGGAGUUCAUCCGGGAGCUGGUGGAGGUCAAUGGCUCCCCACGCAUGAAGCUCACAGAAGAUGAGGAGAAGAUGACGAUCCCAGGGAUUAAGACAAUCUAUCGGCUCUAUGAUGCUGCUGGUCACCCCUUCAUGGACCUCAUGGCCCUGGAGGAGGAGCCCUCGCCCAGCGCAGGACAGGAGCUGGCGAUCCGUGUCCUGGGGCGGCUUGGUGAGACCAGCAAGGUUGUACCCACCACUGUGGAGCCCCUCCAUCGCACGUACUUCAGAGAUGGCCAGGUGUGUGAGCCGCUGCCCAGCUUGCCAGAAGUGAGGAGCCAUGCGCAGGUGUCUCUCAGCCUGCUCAGCCCCGCUCACCGCCGACUCCAUGAGCCACAGCCCUACCCGGUGGCCGUGACGGAGAGGCUGCACAACCUCCUCACCGAGCUGCGGCAGGUCACCCAGUGAGGUGGUCCCAGUUGCCCUCCACACUGCGCUAGCCCACACUGGGCACAGCCCUGCUUGGGGCUACCUCUUCUUCCGCACUCUU